CGCACGGCUCCGCUCCCCUCCCGUCACAAACACGGAAGCAGCAUGGCGUCCAACAGCAGCGGCUCCGACAGGCAGGGGAGAGCGCAGCAAAGACUGAGAAUAAUUGCCGGGCACUUACAGCAACCCAGGGACGUCGACUCGACCGUCUCAGCCGCGGAGUGUAAAGCCAACGGAAGCGAGGCGGAUGUCGCCAGCGACGGGAAGAAUGUGCCGAAGAGGAGGCAGGAGAUCAUGAAAUGGAAUGGCUGGGGAUACAACGACACAAAAUUCCUCUUCAAUAAGAAAGGCCAAGCUGAAUUCACCGGUAAAAGGUAUAAGUUAAGUGGCAUGAUCAUCCCUGCUCUGAAAGAGUGGAUGGAAGGCACGUUUGGCACCAAUAUGCAGCAUAAAUCUCCAGCAACGCCUGCUCUGACUAGGAGUGCCGUACAGCCUCCCACUCUUAACGAGGCCUUUGUGGAGGAACUGAAAUCCACAGGUAUUCCCUUCUCUCACGAUGCAGAAGACCGCGUGUUCCGUGCCCACGGCCAUUGCUUACAUGAGAUCUUUGCUCUGCGAGAGGGGAAAGUUGGUCGUGUUCCAGAUCUGGUGGUGUGGCCAAAUUGCCACAAUGAUGUAGUGAAAAUUGUGGAGCUGGCGUGCAAACAUAAUGUUUGUUUGAUACCGUAUGGAGGAGGGACUAGCGUCUCAAGUGGCCUAGAGUGCCCCCAGGAGGAAACUCGCUCUAUUGUUUCGGUGGACACCUCCCAGAUGAACCGCAUCCUGUGGAUUGACGAGAAGAAUUUAACCGCCCACAUGGAAGCUGGCAUUGUCGGUCAGGAUUUGGAGCGAUUGCUGAACGAGAGCGGCUACUGUACGGGACACGAGCCGGACUCCAUGGAGUUCAGCUCCCUGGGGGGCUGGGUAGCAACCAGAGCGUCGGGCAUGAAGAAGAACAUCUACGGCAACAUAGAGGACCUGGUCGUCCACGUAAAGAUGGUGACCCCUCAAGGAGUGAUUGAGAAGAGCUGUCAAGGGCCGCGCAUGUCCACCGGGCCGGACAUUCACCACUUCAUCAUGGGCUCAGAAGGAACCCUGGGCGUGGUCACCGAGGUAACGAUGAAGAUUCGACCCAUGCCGGAGUAUCAGAAAUACGGCUCAGUGGUAUUCCCUAAUUUUGAGCAGGGAGUUGCCUGUCUCCGAGAGGUUGCAAGACAGAGGUGUGCCCCCGCGUCUAUACGACUCAUGGAUAAUGAACAAUUUAAAUUUGGUCAUGCCCUGAAGCCUCAAGUAUCUUCAAUGUUCACAUCCUUUCUGGAGGGGCUGAAGAAAUUUUACAUCACCAAGUUCAAAGGGUUCGACCCCGACUGCUUGUGUGUGGCCACGCUACUGUUUGAGGGGAACCGGGAGAAGGUCCUGCAGCACGAGAAGCAAGUUUAUGACAUCGCUGCAAAGUUCGGGGGGCUGGCAGCUGGAGAGGACAAUGGGCAGAGGGGCUACAUGCUGACCUUCGUCAUCGCUUACCUCCGGGACUUGGGGAUGGACUACUAUGUGAUUGGGGAGUCCUUUGAAACCUCUGUGCCUUGGGACAGAGUGUUGGACAUUUGCCGGAACGUUAAAGCACGCAUCAUUCGAGAGUGUAAAGACAAAGGAGUGCAGUUUCAACCGUUAUCCACAUGCAGGGUGACUCAGACGUAUGACGCUGGCGCCUGUGUCUACUUUUACUUUGCCUUCAACUACAGGGGACUGAGUGAUCCAGUACACAUGUUUGAAGAAGUGGAGCAUGCAGCUAGAGAAGAGAUUCUUGCCAAUGGAGGGAGCUUGUCACAUCACCAUGGAGUGGGGAAACUUCGGAAGGCGUGGAUGAGAGAGACCGUCUCCGACGUCGGCAUGGGGAUGCUGAAGUCUGUCAAGGACUACGUGGACCCCAAUAACAUCUUUGGCAACGGGAACCUCCUCUAAUUUCCCCGCUUCCAUUUUUCUAAACGAAAGCAUCUUUUAUCAUUUUGAAUUAAUACAUACUAAAUGUGAAUUUAAAAUGGAGAGAUGUUGUCUUUUUUCAUCGGUCAUUUGGUGCCAUUUAACGAUUCAGCCGAACCUUGUCUUUUACAUUAAAUUGCACUAAAUACACUGUUACAAUCACUGUCACUGACAGUGCAGCUCAUUUCUAUCAGCCUCAUCUUGUUGGAGCUACGGCCAUCAUGCAACAACAAACCAUCAUUUCCUAAAUAUCCUUGCCAACAUGGUUCAUCCAUUUUUUUUUUGUGUGUGUGUGUGCGUGUCCCUGUUUGGGCCUGUUGGUAAGUUGUAGAUGAAUGCGCUUUAUAAAGCUCUGUGCCUUUCUAAAGCUUAUGUCUGCCUUCCCCUUCUCCCACUAAACACUCUGCUGCUGCACAGCGAGUCCCUUUUUGUGGAGCAACAUAGACUUGGACAUUAAUGUUUUCUAUGUCCUCAUCUUUUUCUUUGUCUCAUGCCUUUUGUUGUACUGACCUAUUGCCAUAAGAGACUCUUGACUGUUUGUGUGUGUGUGUGUGUGUGUGUGUGUGUGUGUGUGCGUGUGCGCGCUUCUCUGUCUAGACUAAAGUCUCCCGCUACCCCCGAAAAUGUCAAGCCCCCCCCUCCCCUAGAAGUACAUAGAUUACAAAGAGAGAUAUUCCUUGUGUUUAGUUUCUUUUCUACUAAAGCGUAGCCGUGCAUGGUUUGUUACUGAGAAAGUGAAGUGGGGGGGGGGAGAAAGCCAUCGUGUUUUUCUAUCACGCCUGCUUCUGCUUCUUUGCAGUUCAAGGCCUCUGAAUACCGGUGCUCACUUUGUACCAAAGACUCAACACACAGGAACAUGCAAACACCCCAUGUUUGACCAUGUGACCCUUGCACGUUUUCAGCAACAGCGAAGGCAUAUUUUUUAGUCGACAAAUGCAGAGAUGACCUGAGAGAGCUGUAAACUGUGUCUUUAACAUGUGCUACAACUUUCUACAUUAUGAGUCAUCAUUUUCUUUUUAUUUCUUUCGCAAGAAUUAGCUCAACAAUUCGUCUUAAUAAAAAAAAUUAAAAAAAGUUUGGUGAAAUAGAUUUUUGAAAUGGAUACUUUAAUAUACUACAAUUUGAUACCAGACUCGGACCACUUGUCACUGAUAACCAUUGAUUUUGAAGCGGAGAGAGAGCGGUUCGCUGAGGAAUCUCGCCUUCCCUUCCCGACCUGUGCUUCUUACUUUCCUGAAGGACUCAUUAGGGACCCGUCUCCGUGUCAAACACCGUGUAAGAGCUUUUGAAUGUUAUGGAUGUACCUUUUGUCAUUGUCCACUUCUCUUAACAACAUCGUAAAGUCACAGUACACUUUGUCAAUGCUGUUUGUGCAAUAAAAACUUAAACAUA